UUUUAUUCCCCCUCAUAAUUUGUAAAUCAUCGAGAAGGCAUCAGCUGUGAAACACUUGUAAUCAUGGAUGGAGAUAAAGAGAAAAAUAGCAGUAAUACCUCGGAACCAAAUGAGAAAGAGAAAACUGAGGCAAAAGAUAUUCCAAAUGUAGGUGGGGCUAGAAGUAAAAACACUGACAGUGUCAAGACAUCUGGUAAUAUGUUCCCCUCCAUUGUACCUGCUUCUCCACCAUCUUUUGUGUCAAUGGAACAAAUUUUAAAAGCUGCAGAAGAUGUGUCUAAAUCUGGUUUUAACAUGGCAUUAGCUCAUGAGAUUGCUGUAAAUAAAGAUUUUAAACUGCAACAGAGUAUCCCUACAACCAAUUUGGAAAAGAAAGUGACAGAAACAUUUCAUAAUGCAUUUUGGAGUAUACUUCAAGAACAGUUAUCCAGUACUCCUCCUCAUUACCGUCAAGCUAUGGUGCUUUUGAGUGAAAUCAAAGAGAUCCUGCUAUGGUUGCUUUUACCUCAUAAUUCUCGUUUAAAAAAUGAAAUAAAUGAAGUCUUGGAUAUUGAACUUAUUCAGCAGCAAGCUGAAAAGGAUGCUGUUGAUGUGUUAAGUUAUGCUCAGUUCAUUAUUUCUACUAUGUCUCGCAUCUGUGCUCCUGCUAGGGACCCAAAUAUACAAGAGCUAAGGAAGCUUACUGAAAUUGUUCCAUUGUACAGAGGUAUCUUAGAAACAUUAGAACUGAUGAAGCUCGAUAUGGUAAACUUCACUAUUUCUCAUAUGAGACCUCAUAUUCAACAACAUUCAAUAGAAUAUGAAAAGAAAAAAUUUCAAGAAAUUCUGCAGUCUUUAGAAGGUUUAUCUCCUCCUGUGGAUGGUUUAAAAUUUACAAGGUUGUGGCUGCAGAAUGUUUACAGUGAUAUUUUAUCUGAAAAUGGUGAAAGUGAUGGUACAGAUCCACCAAAUUCACUUGUUCUGAGGAAAGCAUAUUUAAAAAUUCUAAGGUGGCAGGAAGCUGAAAACUUUCCUGAGACUCUUCACUUAGAUCAUGAACGCUUCAUAACUUUGCGAGACAAUUUGACUGUGAUGGUAUUAACUGCCACUGUGAUACUUUUAACUUAUUCCAAUGUGGGACCUGCAAUUCAGGGUAUUGCUGACGUCAAAGAAAAUUUGAAACGGCACAUUCAAAUUAUAUUGGCUGAUGCUCCACAGUGCAGUGCUGAGGAGCUUAAAAUCAAGAUGGAAACUGUUGGACUACAAGUGGUCAAAGAAGUUAAUGAAAUUUUGGAGAAGCAUGGGUAUUCUGUCAUGGGUAAAGAGCAAGAAGCUGUAUUGGUUUCAUUGAUAUCUAAAAUUGCAAAUGAAGAUCACAAUGUUCGUCAACUCAUAACUAAGCGUAUAUUGGAGUUCUUGGAACUAGCUUUGCACUCAUCAUCUAAUUUGAAGAUACCUCCUGGUCUUUCAUCUUUACAAAAUGAACUCUCAAGUUUUGCUGGACAAUUUUUAUCAUUGGUUAAACACAAUCAAGCAGUUUUUGAUGAAUACUAUAAUGAUAUAAUCGAUCAACAAAAACGAAACAAAUAAAAUAUUUUACAAUGAA